GCGAGGGGUGUACGCAUGAGUGCGUGCAGGCGUGUGCAUGCAGUGAAGCGGGGAGACGAGCUGUGCACUACUUCCUGUUUUCUCUGCAGUUCCCUGGGAGCUGUCAUUGCCCUCCUGCUCUGCGGACAGCUCUUCGCAGUGGAAAACGGCAAUGAGACUGCAGAUGCCACAGGUGACCACUGCCCAAAGGCUCCUGAGAUUGCAAAUGGCUACGUGGAGCACUUAAUUCGCUAUGGGUGUAAGACCUACUAUAAACUGCGCUCUGAAGGAGAUGGAGUGUACGUCUUAAACAGUCAGAAGCAGUGGACAAAUAAAAACGUUGGGGAGAAACUCCCUGAAUGCGAAGCAGUAUGUGGAAAGCCCAAACAUCCAGUGAAUCAGGUGCAGCGGAUCAUGGGUGGCUUGCUAGAUGCCAAAGGCAGCUUUCCAUGGCAGGCCAAGAUGGUCUCCCACCAUAAUCUCAUCUCGGGGGCCACGCUGAUCAAUGAGCAAUGGCUGCUGACCACGGCUAAAAAUCUCUUCCUGGGUCACAAAAAUCAUACAAAAGCAAAAGACAUUGCUCCAACUCUAAGACUCUAUGUGGGGAAAAAACAGCAAGUGGAGGUCGAGAAGGUGGUUCUCCACCCUAACUACUCCAACAUAGACAUUGGGCUCAUCAAACUCAGAGAGAAGGUGCCCAUUGAUGAGAAAGUAAUGCCCAUUUGCCUACCUUCGAAAGAUUAUGCCCAAGUAGGCCGUAUAGGUUACGUGUCUGGCUGGGGGCGAAAUGCCAACUUCAAUUUUACUGAGCAUCUGAAGUAUGUCAUGCUGCCCGUGGCUGAGCAAGACAAAUGUGUAAAGCACUAUGAAGGCAGCACAGUGCCCGAAAAGAAGACAAAAAUUAGCCCUGUAGGAGUGCAGCCCAUACUGAACCAGCACACCUUCUGUGCUGGCCUGUCCAAGUAUCAGGAAGACACCUGCUACGGCGAUGCCGGCAGCGCCUUUGCAGUUCACGAUGAGGCUGAAGACACCUGGUAUGCGGCCGGGAUCCUGAGCUUUGACAAGAGCUGCGCUGUGGCCGAGUACAGUGUGUAUGUGAAGGUGCCCGCCAUUCUGGACUGGGUUCAGACAACCAUAGCUGACAACUAACGCAGGGCAGGCUGGAAGGACAAGGGAAAACUGGACAGCAGUGGAAGGGACGAAACGUGGUGUGUGGCUGAUGGUUUGCAGCCCUGCACUGCUGGGUCAAUCAAUAAAGAGCUGCCUUUGACUCA